AAUGGCCAGGCCUCGGCACAUUCCGUUUUAUUCCGCGACGAACUUAUGACCGCUCUCACUUGCCGUUCGAAUCUUUAAAUUGAAGCAUCAAAGCGAGUGAUCCAUUAACCAAGUCAACGGAACGCAAGGAAAUCAACAGGUUUUUCACUGACGUGGCAAUUUUUUAAUAAUUAACACAAGCACCAUGUCACUGGAUGAGUCAUUCAACAAAGCCGCUGAGGAGGUAAAGAAUCUAGCCAAUGCACCAGCUGAUGCUGAUCUUCUCGAACUUUAUGCUCUCUUUAAACAGGCGACAGUCGGUGACUGCAACACGACUCGACCUGGAAUGCUGGAUUUCAAAGGGAAAGCAAAAUGGGACGCGUGGAACGGAAAAAAGGGAGUGAGUCAGGAUGAAGCAAAAACGCAAUACAUUGCAAAGGUAGCCAGUCUCAUCGAGUCAAUUGGAAAGAAGUAAAAGAAAAUUUGAAUAACAUCCUAACGAUUACAUCACAGUGUGAAUGUGAUAUCCAAAUAAUCGCGCAAAUAUCUCAACACAAAUGGCCUCCAAAUGCCCGGAAUUGAUUGACGAAAAAAAUAAUGAGUGUAAACAAUUGGGCCUGCAUAAUUAUCGGUGCUAUUUGAAUUAAAUUAUAUAUUUUGUAACGAUUUACUGAAUUCCUACCGUAAUCAGCCAACCAUUAUGUGCAACAGUAGUUCGUAGUUGGAAAGUUUUUGUAACGAUUGAAUAUAUAAUUUCCCAGUUGUUGAGGACAUUAAUUAAAUAGAAAAAUAUAAUAGUUCCUUGAAUAA